AUGGGCGGAAUCAAGUCAGAACCCAGGCUGAGGUUGAGAGGGUCUCGCUGCCCCGAGACGGAGACGCCGUCGCUCGCCACCACAACGGGCCUGCGCCACAGAGAGCAAGCUGCUGGACUACGGAAGCUUCAUGGCUCCCUCCAUCUCGCCAUCAUCAUCACGCCAACCUAUUCCGACCACGGCCAGCACCAAGCUUUCCCCGAUAACUCCAUCAAUGUCUCCAUCGGUAGCCAUCAAAACCGAGCUCUCCUGAUGCCGCUUCGCCCUGAUUUCGCUGAGAGCAGUGACUUUCCCAACAGUCCAAUUGCCGAGCGCCAACACGUUUCAGCGGUUCAGAGUGGAAGACACCCGCUUACAGGUCUCGUCCGAUGGGUUGGUUGA